AUGUGUGUCAGAGCCGCGCCAAUGCGCCUAUCCUUCCCCCCUCCCUCCCCCUGCUUUCCCCAUCCCCCCUCCCCCAGGGGUGAAGGAGCCCCUAGUGCUGACGCCCCUGGUCGAGUACGCGUGAAGGAGCCCCUAGUGCUGACGCCCCUGGUGGAGUACGUGUGCCAGAGGCGCGCCAAUGCACGGCAAGGCCCCCAGGCCCGUGUGGUUACCAGCAGACCCACUCGCCCUGUGGGCGCAGGGGGAGAGAGGGGGGCUGCGGGGAGGAUGGGGGGAGGCGCAGGGGGGACGCAUGCUCCCCCCGCUGCAGGCAGUGGGGCAGGCCGUGGGGGAGGGGGAGGGGGAAGCGGUGGUGGGGGUAAAGGGGGGGGCAGAGGGGAAAGAGGUGCACGUGGAGGUGGGCGGAGUGGGGGAAGGGGGGGAGGGGGGGAGACGGGCACACCUGGUGCAGGUGGUUCUUCAGGUGGAUUUGCAGGAGGGUCUCAGCCUAUCAGUGGAAGGGAGAAGGUUGAUCCGGCCGCUGUUACUUCUGCAGCUCAUUCACGCUCGUCGCGCCGUCACGCGGCUGAUCUCCGGCGCAAGAGAGGAGGCACCAGCACCAGCGACGCCCACAGGAACGCUCAAAGGGACGCUCGGGCCACUCCCUCCCCAUCCCCCCUCGUGCCUGCUGCUACAGCUGCAGUCGGCUCUGCUACAGCCGGUGCAGCUGUUUUCAACACUGCAGCUGGGUCUGCUAGAGCCGGGGGUGCUACAGCUGGCAGUGCGUCUGGCAGUGCGGCAGCAGGCACUACAGGUGAAAGCACAGCAAGUGGUGGUGGUGACGUUGGUGCUGGUUCGAUCCGCACAGGGCCUACUGGCCGGGCCGGAGGGGUGAAGAUCAUCACUCGGCAACACGCACAGCCACAUGCGCCCCCGCAGCAGCAGCAGCAGCAGCAGCAGCAGCAGCAGCAGAGGCAGUAUGGGCGAGGAGGAGGGAUACAGGCCGCACAGCAAGCACAGCAGCAGGCACAGCAGGGUCGGCAGACGCAAGGAGAAGCAGGAAGCGUGGCAGGUGAAGCAACAGCAGUUGCAACGAAGGCCGAAACUCCUGCUGCUGCUGGCAGUGCAGCAGGAGCAGCAGGAGGAAGAGCAGGAGGGGCAGCAGCAGGGGGAGGGGCAGCGAGGGAGGCGAGGGACAGUCGGGGUAGGCUGAAGAACCGGGACCGGCCUGACCGACCAGUGUGGACGCCCAGGCGACGCCCAGACGUGGGAGCGAGCGGUGCUGGUGCAGGGCAGUCCGGGGGAGGUGGUACUGGUGGUGGUGCUGCGGCUGCUGCUACUGCUGGUGCUGCUACUGCUGCUGCUGCUGCUACUGCAUCUGCUGGCGUUGCGGCAUCCUCUGCAGCAGCUCCCUCCGCUGCUCCAUCUCGGGCACUGGUGCAAGCAGAGGGGGUGGAGGAGCAGGAGGCUAUGGAGGGAGAGGGAGGGGCGGCAGUGACUAUGGCAGAGGAGGGCGAGUGA